AUGCUAUGUAUCCAGGGAGGGAUAACUCUCUUAUAUGAAGUCUGUCCUGCUAUCUCUCUGGCUGGUUUGAUCUCUCUCUCUCUCUGUCUCUCUCUCUCUCUCUCUCUAUGUCUCAGUCACUCUCUCCCUCUGAUUAGAAUCUUUCUAUCUAUCUAUCUCAGUUCAUAUCUAUCUAAGUCAGCUUAUAUCUAUCUAUCUAUCUAUCUAUCUCAGUUCAUAUCUAUCUAUCUAAGUCAGCUUAUAUCUAUCUAUCUCAUCAGUUUAUAUCUAUCUAUCUAUCUAUCUAAGUCAGUUUAUAUCUAUCUAUCUAAGUCAGUUUAUAUCUAUCUAUCUAAGUCAGUUUAUAUCUAUCUAUCUAAUUUAUAUCUAUCUAUCUAUCUAAGUCAGUUUAUAUCUAUCUAUAUCUAUCUAAGUCAGUUUAUAUCUAUCUAUCUAUCUCAGUUUAUAUCUAUCUAUCUAAGUCAGUUUAUAUCUAUCUAUCUAUCUAUCUAUCUAUCUAAUUUAUAUCUAUCUAUCUAUCUAAGUCAGUUUAUAUCUAUCAAUCUAUCUAUCUAUCUAUCUAAGUCAGUUUAUAUCUAUCUAUCUAUCUAUCUAUCACAUUAA